CAAAGAGUUAAUUUGGAGUCCAAAAUAUUUUUUCUACGCCACGCACGCCUGACAUCUAUUGCGGCCUGUUUACUUACCUCAGCUGACAUCCAUGAGACCUAUGCGACCAUCAAAGUAUGCAAUGCUCAGCUGAUGGUCAUGAAGAACAAAAACUCAAAGCUUGUAAAAUUGAGACGGCCUUACCUAUAAAGAGGAAGAAAACUAAUCAUCGAUCGAAUUUCGAGAAGCUAGCAUGCCUAGGAACGGGGCGCUUGUUCUCAUUUCUUUAUUUUUCCUACUUCUUCUCGACGUCGAAGGCCUCUGUCCUCUGUCCACGCAAUGUUUUGGAAACGGUGACUACAACGCGAAAACACAGAGCUGUAAAUGCUACUCUCGACGGAGAAUCGGAAGUUUCACGGGAGAGUGUUGCGAAAGCGUCGAUUGCAAGCCUAACGCGACCUGUCUACACGGUUUCUGCGGAGUUGAUGGUUUGAAAUGCGAGCGUUGCCUGACCGGGUGGACUGGACCCAAUUGCGAGAAAGUAGACUCCUGUUUUCCUUGGUUUCACUGUGUGCAUGGGUCUUGCAAUAAAUCCCGAAUGAAGUGCGAAUGUGAACCUGGCUGGGUGGGUGACCAGUGUGAUCGCUCCUUGUGUGCAGUGAACUGUAUUUAUGGCGCAUGCCCAAACGAUCCCAAGAAGUGCGAGUGCUAUGAGAACUAUCAUAGUCCCGAAACUGGAUGUGACAGGUCUUUCUGUGCGAAGGACUGGGACUGUAAGAAUGGAGGAUAUUGUAUCGACCUUCACCAUUGUGUUUGUCCGCCUCAUUAUACAGGUCCUCUCUGUGAGACCAUCAGUGAGUGCAACGUCCCUUGCGAGAAUGGACGCUGUACUGAGAGUCCAAAUGAGUGUGAAUGCUUUCCUGACUGGGAACCUCACGGAAAAUGUACAAAAUAUGUCGGGGCUUGUUCCGAUUGCCAUUCUGAAGGAGGGACCUGCGAAUACGGGCCAAACACGUGCCAGUGUAAACCAGGAUAUACCGGUCUUUCAUGCGAACAUAGGAAUUGUGAUGGUUGCGAGAAUGGCUCAUGCGACUUCGACCAUUCGGGUUUAAAGAGAUGCCACUGUGACGAGGGUUGGGCUAAUCAAGUCCAUGUCCCUGGCUUUAAUGCUCAUUUCGGACCGUGCACAAAAGUCAAACACUGCUUACCACCAUGUGUACAUGGCUCAUGUCCAAAUGAUCCAUACAAGUGUGAAUGUGCUGAUGCUUAUACCGGCAGAGAAUGUGAUAGGAUUCAAUGUCCAGUGUGCUGUCCUCCUCAGACAUGUGACUGCUCCGAGCCAAAAAAUCCAAGGUGUCUUCCUCACUGGCAUCAUGACUGUUGCUUGGUAAAUUCCUGCUUUAGAGGCGACACCUUGGUACAUACUGCUAAUGGAAUGGUACCCAUAGAAAAAAUCAAAGAGGGAGACUUGGUAAUCGUUCGCCAUGAAGACGAUGCUCCUGCCAUGAGCUACUUGCGUCGCGUCGACCAAGUUCGGAAGAGGUUAUUUCGUGCAAAGGAUCUCGUCGUGUUCCGAACAGAGGACGAAGUUAUAUGGGUAACUCCCGACCACCUUUUUUUCGAAAGCCCAACAAAUUCGUGGAUGAGUGCCAAGAAGAUAAAAACGUCACAUCUGCUUCAGGCCUUAAACGGAAAAAUGGUAAAAUUUCAGAGGCUCCUAACUGGGUCAGAGCUGUUACCAUCAGCUGACCAAGACGAACUCGUAGCCGUUUACGACAUCUCAGUGAAUGAGUACGAUCGAUAUUCUGUCGGAAAAAAAGGAAUUCUCACGGCUUCGUGUAACAGCACGGAUGCUAUCAAGACUCGAGACGAACAAGUGUGGGGUAAUUCAAUGAUCCGAAUCUUUCGUACUACGGACGCUAAGACGAUUAUUCCACCAAUUGCAAAGGAAAAAGAUCACGCAGGCUUUCCAAUCUAUGUGGUUGUUAUAAUUGCUGGUAUCCUUGGCGUCAUAUUGAUCAUUGUAUUAGUGCGAAGGAGGAAACUCAAGGGGAAGUAUGACGUAGAGAAGGAGUCCCUGAUUGCAGCUAGCACGCAUCCACAAUAGGCUCCAGAAGCCCUCACCUUCAAAAAGAGGCUAUUUGCAAAAGCAUAUUUGUCAAAUGAAUGUCAUUGGGCUAAGAGUUAUCAAUGGUUUUCCUUAAAAAAAAAACGCACUUGACUCUGUUUUAAAGCAAAAACUUUGGGUUCUCUUUCUUCCUUUUCAAGCUUCAAAUUGUUAUGAGAUUCUAAGCUUCGAAUCCUGCGUCACCCACAAAGUUAUUCUUUUGAAUAUUAAUUUUUGCUAUCUUAUUUCUAUCACGAAGUAGAGCAUUAUGUUGUCUCACGGAACCCCACUUCUACAACCCCUUUUGAGUGCCGUGAUAGAAAGGUAACUCUUCCCGCCCCCCACUUAGCAAUGUUCGAGCGAGUGCAGUAAGUUUGAGACACGCCGCACUCUUAGUGAUCCACAACUCUCACACAGCCAUUAAAGGAAAAAUAAAAACUAAUCGCAUUUGUAUUAGCUUUGAAAAAAGAGCUAAAAACGGAGAUUGGGGUGACUAGUGCUGUAUUCACGUUUACAACAAGGCAGGUCUGGUACGCUUAGUUCCCUGCACGCCUCGCAAGGCCGGAAAGGGCGUUGCGUGACGUGACCACACAACGACUGCUAGAAAGACUAUGGCACGUAUUUUGGUAUAGCAUCUUUGUGGCUCGUAGUGGACAAAGUAUAUAUGAUAAAAUGGAAUACCUUUUUGUAUUUAGGUAAAAAUGACUCUAUUUCCCGGAAGAAACGGACGAAGAAGAGUUUAUUUCGUGAUGGCGCGUGGGGCCUGGGGAAGUGUCAACUUGCACGACGGAGUCAUUUGUUAAGAUUUCUCAUGCAGGCGCAGGAAAAGUUAUUUGUGAUCAAGUUUCUCAUGUUUUGUAAAAUUUUUUCUCUUGGGAAAUAUGUGGGCAGUUUUGUGCACAAAUUUGUUUCUGGCAAUUUUUCUCCUUUUGUGAAGAGUUUUCAUAUCAUUUCCACCCCCCCUUUUUUGAGUAGAAUAAUGAGAAAAAUAAAACAUUUUAUUGGGAUUAUA